AUGCAGACUUUCCGCUACGAUCACUUUCCGCUCGACGUCUCCUGCGUCCACGUUGGCCUUUUUACAAAUGUUACCAAUGCGGCACAGCUGCGCGCCCGUCUCAUACAGGCCAGUCUCAUCCAGGGCGAAGCAGGCGACGUCGAGCGCGAAGCCGUCAACUUUGCCUUCGUUGAAGCUCGCCUAAUAUCUAGCAUAUUGCAUCUCCAGACAGCUGUUGUCCACGCAAUUUUAGCACAAGCGCAAGGAUCAUUGCGAACAAAGACCGUGCACUCGGAAAUACUAUGGGCCCUCAGCCCCAAUAACAAUGCGAGUAUUACGGAGGCCAUAAGGCGCUUUGGUAUAUCGGACGAAACAACGGCGCUUUUAGCCAUUCGAAUCUCCUCGCCCGACCUGACCGAUGUUGAGGGGCGCAUGCGAGCCGUCGUAUCUGGAGACCUGUCAAAUCUGAAUGAACUUCGUCAAGUCACAGAUUGGACGAACAUUCGAAAGUACUACAAGCUGAAUCAAGAUCCGGCACUGAAAACACCAGGCCUGGAGGAAGCCCGGCAGCAUGUCAUCGCUGACGAGAUUGUUGUAAGUACUGUAGCCAUGAAGAGUGUCCUUGCAUGA